AUGGCGCUGUAUUGGGCGAUUGUGAAUAACCUGCGAGAAGCUCUUUCGGCGUUCACUAAACACAUUUCCAAAUAUAACUGCACUUUCGACCUGCGUCUUGCAUGCAUGAUAGCUAGCGAUCAUGCAUUGUUCACGCAACUAAAUUUGAGACGCAUCAUCAAUCAUGAGAUUGAAGUGUCUGAAGGAGAUGGGCUAGGCGAGAACCAAUUCGUUGCUUCUUUCCGCUUCAAGUUGUUCCAGAAACACCUUCGUAUCACACAAGACUUGGCCGUAGAAUUCGUUGCCGGGGGACGUAUGUGGGUGUUGCACUUUUAUUUGAAUGUGGAUGAGAUUUUGCCUCGAACAUAUAUGGGCAUUGAACCGAGCAAGGCUGUCACUACAGUUUGGGGCUCGUUGGGUAGUUGGCCGAUAUAUGAAUGGCAACACCAUAUAUGCAGACUGGGAUGGCACUUUACAUGCAAAACUGGAGAUGGCGGUAAAGUAGCAUAG